ACCAGCGCUCUGUAUGUAGUAGAUUUAAAGAAGUUUAGAAAAAUUGCGGCUGGAGACAGAUUACGAGGCCAGUACCAAGCCCUGAGCCAAGACCCCAACAGUCUGUCCAACCUGGACCAGGACCUUCCCAACAACAUGAUCCACCAGGUUGCCAUCAAGUCUCUUCCACAGGAGUGGAUGUGGUGUGAGACCUGGUGCGAUGACACCUCCAAAGUCUCGGCUAAGACCAUAGACCUGUGCAAUAACCCAAAGACCAAGGAGCCCAAGCUAACGGCCGCAGCCAGGAUUGUGCCCGAGUGGGUUGAAUACGACAACGAGAUAAAGCAGCUCCUGGGACGGGUGCAGGAACAGGAAGACACGGCAACACAAAAACAGACUCCUUCUCCCUCACAGCAUGACAAAGGAGACGACAGACGUGAUGAACUUUAGUGCCUGGCAGCAUCGCUCUGAGGAGGAAGGAGGCAGGAGGCAGCAUUGUUCUAAGGAGGCAGGAGGCAGCAUUGUUCUAAGGAGGCAGGAGGCAGCAUCGUUCUAAGGAGGCAGG